UUGAAUUCACUUUGACAGGAUGGACCCGUCUUCCUGGUCUUCGUAUUACAACCGCUUACCCGGUCAGGUGCCGCACCAGCCCAAUGUCAAUGACAAUGCUGCCAACGCCUUACCCUCGGGCUACGGCUCGGCCGCCCAACAUCCCUUCAUUCUGGCCCAACAUCUCCGCGAUGCGGCAGCGGCCCACGAGGCCCAGAUCUCCCAAUACCAAAACAUCGGCCUGUCCCCGGCUUUGGUGCAGGCCGCCGCCUCCAACAAGUCGCAUUUGCAUCAACAAGCGUUGGCCAAUCUCAACAUGCGCGAGUCAGUGGUGGUCAGUCGGGAAAACCCGCGCGAAAACUUCCUGACGCCUCCUCAAACACCCGUCUCCACUUGGAAGACCACCGGCUCCAUGGUCAAUAGCGUCAUCGUCCCCGAGCCGCACAAACCGGACCCGCGGCUGAUCGUCAACAAUGUGAUGCGGGGUAGCCACGUGAGUGUUAGCUCGGCCAGUGGCAUGCCCCUCGAGCGUCAAAUGUACGUUCACCCCGACUUCUUGGCCAAUGGCAAUGGAGCCGCCCUUUCACUCAACAAUGGUUCGGCUGGCGGUCGACCCAAUGUGAUGCGCCAAGCCGUCGAGCUCAAGACCAGCCAGCCCAUUUUUCCGGGUCAGCCACCCCCGGCGUCGAGUUCAGCUCGCGAUAAGUCCUCGCCUUCAUUUUCGGCUCAACCCCCGCCUCGACAAUCGAGCCAGGUGCCUUCGCGCAGUGCUACCGCCACCAUUCUGGCCAAUCGCACAGCCUUUCCCGGCCAGGCCCCGCCUUCGAACUUUCGAGAUGCCGGCUUUUUGAAUGACAUUGGACAACGUCAAAGUCCGCAGCUGGCGCAGCAACAACAACCCAGCCCCCAGUACUAUAAUAACCCGAGCCCUCAAAAUGUUGCCUCACCCCAAGGCGUGUCUUACAUCCUUCAACAGCAGCAGCAACAGCAGCAGCAGCAGCAGCAGCAACAACAAUCUCAAUCCCAGAGUCAGCCCCAUGAACAACAGUUCACCAAUUAUUCGCAGUCACAUCAUCAGGCGGUCGCUGCCGUGGCCGUGGCCUCCGGUAAGCGUAGCGGCCAACCUUCUCGACCUCGUCAAACUACUGCGAAUCGUUCAAAUUCUAAACAAAAGCAGUUGGCUCAACAACAACAGCAACAACAACAGCAGCAGCAACAACUCCAGCAACAACAAUUGCAACAGCAGCAGCAGCAGCAACAGCAGCAGCAACAACAACACCAACAGCAACUCCAACAACAACAAAUACAAUUGCAACAACAACAUCAACAACAACUCCAUCGGGAGCAACAGGAUAUCGGGUUGGCUCGUUUGGGGGCAUUGGGGGCAUUAGCCGAUCUCAACGACGGUGGAAACUCUGAUCUCUUGGAAGUCGUGCCUUCAACCAUCAAUUAUGAAGACAUUACGGGCAUUGGGGGCGGUGGGAGUAGUCACCAAUUCAAUCAGGCCUUGCAGCGUCAUGAACGAGGCAAAAGUGAACAGAAGUCCUCGCACAACUGGCUCAAUCGAGCGAGUGAACUCCUCGAUUUGAGCUCAGGAGAUAACCGGGACAAUGGCGCCCAUGCUGGGCAUGGGGGUGACAGUGAAUUUGUCCAACAAGGCGGACAACAGGGGCAGGGAGGAUUUAUCCCACAAAUCGUCAUGAACCCGUGGGAUCCGAAUCAGGCACCCGUGAUGACUUUAGCUCCCCUAGCUAAUGCCAUGCAGGCGUAUCAUCAACAAAUGCUCACUAUGCAACAACAGCAGCAACAACAAACUCAAGGUCAGGUCGAUGGUGGCCUUCAUCGUGAUGACGAGGACGACGAGUCCAAUCCUUUAGGGAAACAGAGAGUAUUAUGCGUGUCACCCGAGGAAGACAUGGGCUUCCUCAUGAACUUGCCUCCUCCGUGCAAUGUCAUUCUCCAGCCGUCGACCAUAGGGCUGUCGGGAAAGAUCCCUCAAUCUCCGUUCUUACAAGCCUUUGAGAAGUUUCUCAAGGGCGAGAUUGUGCAUCCCAAGCCUGAGACGGUCACCGAGGCGCCUCCGCCUCAAGUGCUUCCAGGUAAAAAGGCCUACAUCCCACCGUACACGCCUAAGUCGAGCAAUCGACCCCACUCCUCCAUGUCGCGGAAUUAUGGACGAUCUUCGGGUCAAUCCAUGGGAGGAUCUAGGUCCAUGGGAACGAACAACCAUCGAGCUCGCUCAUCCUCGAGUACAACCAACCGUGCCAAGAAGUCCAAAUUCGCCGAUUUAGGCGAGGAGGACCAUCUGUCCGAAGAUCUAGUUGCCACGGUCUUACCUAAACGCGAGCGAUCUCGGCGCAAAGCCAAGGAGAAUGCCUCUAACGCCUCCCGCAAAUACCUCAAUCAAGAGCCGGAUGACGAUGACAUCCCGGGGUUGGAUCUCUCCGAUUCCGACGAAGAUGCCACAUGGACUCCUUUCAAAGACAAGGACAAGGCUGCCGGAGGAUUUGGGGGCAAUAAGCUGGGUGCCGAUGAUCUCCGAGCCAUGGAAGACGAUGGGGAUGAAAAGAAGGGUGUAGGAGGUAGUGGAAUUACGGCCAGUGCUGUGGGCUCAGUUGGUAUUGGGGUUCAAUCCAAUAGUGGCUUUAAUAAGCAGAAAUACGAUUCGCUACCCUCUCCCACCAAGUUGUUGCCUGAUCGAGCGGAGUUCAGCAUUGGCGACUUUAUGAUCCUCAAAUCAGAUCUUCACCGGGAUAGUGCUCCUAUUUGGCGGUUAGAUAGCAAGACGUUGUUGCAAAGGUACAACCCCAUUCAGGGCGAGGCGCCAGGUCAAUGGUAUCACAAGUCGGCCAGUCUAUUCUCGGGUUUCUCGGCUGUUAACCACUCUAACUAUGCGUCUGUGGCUGUGAAGUUCAUUGUCGCAUCCAAAAAUGAAAGCACAGUCAAGAUCAUUCAAAAGUCCAUUCAUCCAAGUGCCAUCAAACAACCUGAUCCAACGUUGAGGAAGCGAUCGCUCAAUGAAACGAGUCAGUUCCAAGAGCCGUUCGAGGUCUACAUACAGGCAUUAAUAUCGCAAUGUUUGGAUGGAAACUUUCUUCACGAGGUGUUCCAGGAUCAAGAUGACUACUUCGUGCCGAAUAUUGAAAAGGUCGAUUCUGUGACCUUGCUAAGAAAGGACAAAAUCAUGAGUGGCAACAGUUGGACCAGAACGUUCCAAUUGGCCAUCGAUACUUGGCCAUGCAUUAAUGAUUUAGGAUCCGCGCCUUCUCUGGAGUUAAAAUGCGGUGCUUGUGAUACUGAUCGUUCGAUUACAAUGCUACAAAUGUACGGACAGCCUUAUAACGCAAACACGUUGAAGACGGUACCGCCCAAUGAAGAUGCCAGUCUCAAUAGGAAUUUCUCAGUUUGUUCGCGGUGUUGCCGUCUUGCCUACCUCUAUCAUAAGCUCCAGCACUUGAAACACCGCAUGUUUUCCAUAUGCAAUGAAGUGGUGGAAUCAAAGAAGAGGUCCACGCCUCAAGUCGAGACCACAAAGAUAUUGAACGAACUUCUAGCCAACGAACAAUGGCUCGAGGAGCAAUUCCGAAAGAUGCAAGAGUUAUGGGCCGAUGCCGAUACCUUCAUCCGAUAACAUUCCUCCGUCACGGUUGAGUGGGUGCCUUUCGAACAAGUACCUUGUUAAGACUGGAGUUUGGAUUGCCGUAGGAAAUCAAGUUCCAGCGCAUUAUUUGAUAUUGAAUUCCACCAUUCGUAUCAUCUUCGGAAGCAGAAGACGACCCAUAUCAACGAUUUGAAUCUCGCUUUAGAAGCGGAUUCAAAGUGUCUCAGGCACUUAGUGCUGACAUCGCCAUUCUUGCGUUUCUUCUGAUGCUUCAUACCCGAUACUCCAUCGAUAUUAAUCGGCUCAUGUGAAGUGCUUUGGGAAAACCGAGAUUUCGAGAUUUCCGAGGGUUGGCGAGUCCUUUCACCGUUCAAUGGCCCACACACAUCGUAUCUCUCGAACCCCUGCCAAGGACAAGCGGUUUCCCCCUUCCCUACAGCCCUCAUUUAUCCGUUCAUUCGUACAUCAACCAAUCCAACUUCAUAUUGCUGAUCGAAGCUUUGAUGUGCCUAGGAGUGAAAUGUGAAGACCUCAAGAUUCGGGGCGAGGCAUAAUAACAAGAACUACAAAAAUCAUCAUAAUAUAACAACCAACAACAAUAUUAUCAACGAGUUUAUCAAUGAUGCUUUUAAUAUGAAACUGUGAAAUGCAUUCAUAUAAUAGAAAUUGA